AUGCAUCGCGUCUCGGCUCUUCUCCCCUCGUGGGACCGGUCGAGACACAGCGCUCCCGUUCCUCCCACCACCAACAAAACCAACACCAACACCACCACCACCGCCGCCAGCAACCCCGCCCCGGCACCACCAAAGGCACCCGGUGCCCUGAACAAGGUCUUUGGCUGGGCCGAGAAGAUUGUGCCCGCCUCCCGAAUCAGCAUUUCAACCGCACCCGCCGCGCCCACCCGUUACGGCCGAGAAACCUAUUGGCCGACGAGUCUCGACAAAGAAUGCGACAAGGCCGCAAGGAUCAUCAAGUCAUUUUGCUUUGACGGCUUCCUCUCUCAGGAAUUUGACGAGACCAAUGAGACGGACCAGAUCGAUCAGGUCGACCAGGCCGCCCAAACCGACCAAACCGAGGCGAGCACAGCAGAACCGAAACCAACACCAAAAUACGUCACAAAGAAGAUCCCCCCACGAAUAAUACAAAAUGCCGUCGGCCUCGCAGUCUUCUCCUGCAUGCGGUCCGGCCUCUGGAUGUCGGGUUCCGGAGGCGCCGGCCUGAUCACAGCACGCAAGGCCGACGGAACAUGGUCGCCCCCCUCCGCCAUCAUAUUACACACGGCUGAACUCGCUUUCGAAAUGGGCGUCGAUAUCUACGAUUGCGUAUUGGUGAUCAACAGCGUACAGACCCUCGAGCUCUUCACCCGCCCGAGGCUAGUACUGGGUGCCGAGGUUAGUCUAGCCGUGGGACCACUCGUUGCGGCCGGAGCACAGGACCCCGAGAUAAAAUGGAAGGAGAUCAGCGAGACCGUCUUGACCUACGUGAAGGCUAGAGGAAAGCAUCAGGCAGCGCGGCUGGACGGCUCCAUGGUGACUGAACGCGGCAACGAGAACGAGAAAUUCUACCGCGCCGGCGUCACCAUCCUCGACAUCCUCGCGGGUAACAUCCCCAAAAACGUGCCGCAGAUGCGGCCCCUGUUUGAGGUCAUCAAGGCCGCCGAGGGCCGCUCCGACUAUGACAAGGCGUUGAUGGACUGGUUAGCGCAACAGCCAGCACCAGGUGAUGCUGAUAUCGAGAGCAGCCCCAGAGAGUCCAUCGCGUCCAUCACGUCGCCGACCAAGCUGGCCUUUGGCGUCCCGGACGCCAGCGAUCCGGAUCCGUUCGGAGUCAUCGGCCUAGAGAUGGCAGGCAUUGAAAUCCGAGAGGCCGGUUCCAAGCUCCGACCGAUCAGCACCCAGUUCGAGUACCAGCCGAGCCCGAGCAGCCCGCUGUACGGGAGGUUUAGUCGCCAGAGCAUGGAUACGUUCGUCUCGAGAAGCAACCGAGGCAGCUGCAUGUCGGCGCGGACACAAGCCACCACAUUGACCGAUGCGUGCACGCAAACAGAUGUGGCGAGCACCUCGUACACCACCUUCAGUCGGGCUAACAGCGACGAUGGAAAGGACGGCGUUGAGAGGCUGCCCACGGUUGUAGAGCCUGAGGAGGUCGACUACACCCAAGUCGACACGAGCAUCAUUGAGAAGCUAAAGAGGAGGACGAUCGAGCCUGUUGCACCCCAGCCAGUCCAGGUUAUCGAGACAAAGGAGACCAAGGUUACGGAGGCCACUACCACUACCGAGAUCAAGACGACGCAAGAUAUGACUCCAGUGGGCCCGAGCCCCAAGGCCACCGACGAACGGGACGAGGACGCUGAUGACGAAGACGACGAGGAUGAGGAAGAGGAUGCCGUCGUCUGCGAGGUCGCAACCGCAUCGGCCCAGCCAGCACGGACUUCCAUCCAGCGGUCCCAGGUCACCCAUGUAAUCCAAGCCAAGGGUGCCAUUGUAACUAUCCCGAAGCGGAUACCUCCUCCCCUCCCCAUGCGAAGCCCCGCGCGCGCGUCGCGAGGAAGCAAGAGCGAGUACGGCGACGUCUCAUCUCUGAGGAGCCCCAUUCGGAACUCCUUUUUAUCCAUCGAGUCACGGGGCGACGGCGCCAGAGCCUCCCUGGACGAGACGGUUGCCACACAAGAACCCACCCACCCCGAAACUGACCAAGGCUCGCCCACACACACGCAAGGCUCCGCUAGCCCUGGACACACCAAGAACACAUCCUCGGUCUGCACCGCCGUGGCAGUCAACACCACCUCACCAUCUCGGCUGAGCUCAGGCUCGGGCUCCAGCCCGAUCCAAGGUACGCACAAGGCCGAAAACGAAGACAACGACAUCAACGUCUCGCCAUCUUCCAUGGUUCCGCCCACCCCGCAAACCCUCGAACCCACCUCUUCCGUUGAGGACGAUUCCGAAAGGGAGCCGAGGACGCCGCAGACGACCGAGACGGAUUUCGAUACCGCGUCCGAGCACCACGUCGACGCCAAAUCCCAGGACGAGACCAAGACUACCGCCGGCGAGGGGGUCAGGAUCGUGUCGGCCACCGCCACGCCUUUGGGGAGCGCCAGCGAGCGGGAGAGGGCCGAUGUCGUGCCAGUUGCGUGAAGCUAUAUGCCUAAUCAAGAAAACGAACAGGGUGGACAAACAAAGGUGUUACGGAUAUGAUUUUGUUUUGGAUACGG